CGGCGGCGGCGGCGGUGGGGGGCGGGUCCGCCCGUGCCGCCCGCUGGCAGCCUGCCGCCCAGAGCCGCCCGGAGCCGCCACGUGCUGCGCCAGUCCACCUGGGGGCGCUGGGUGCCGCCGGCCGCGCUCCAUCAGUGUGCGUGAGCGGCCGCCCGCGGCUGUGGCCGUCCCGUCCGCGUCCGAGCUCCGAGCCCGCCCUCCUACCGGAGCUGCCCCAGCUCCCCGAGCUUCAGCCGCGCGCCAGCCGCCGACCGGGACGCCGCGUCAUGAAGGGACGCAAAGCCGGCGCCAGAGGACCGCCGUCACCGGGAGGGAGUGACGACUGCAGCGACUCGAAACGGCGCCGCGGCAACCUGCCCAAGGACUCCAUCAAGGUGCUCAAGGGGUGGCUCUUCGAACACCGCUACAACGCCUAUCCGAAUGAUGACCAGAAGGCUGAACUGGCCAUGCAGGCCAACCUCACCGUCCUGCAGGUGUGCAACUGGUUCAUCAACGCCCGUCGCCGGAUCCUCCCUGAGCUGAUACGACAGGAGGGUAACGACCCGGACCGCUUCACCAUCAACCGCAAGAGCAGGCGGCCCAAGGAGCCGGAGCCGUCCCCUCCGGAGGCGCCGCCGGCCGAGUCGGCUCCCUCGACCGGCACCUGGAGCCGGGGCUGGACGGAGCCGGCGCCCGGCCACCGGUUCCUGCCGCCCAUCUCUCAGAUCUCGGGCGCCCAGGACCCGCCGGCGCCGCCCGUGCCGCCCCCAGCGCCGCUGCCGCCGCCACCUCUGGUCUGCUCGUCGAUUACGUCGUCCAUGCCGUCAUCCAUGCCGUCAACGAUGGCGUUGUCAAUGUCAUCAAUGACAUCGUCGAUGUCAUCUUCAAUGGCGUCCUCAAUGUCGUCAUCAAUGUCGUCGAUGCCUCUACCGUCAUUCAGCGCGUACCAGGCGGCGGCAGCGGCGGCGGCGGCCGAGUCGUGCGCUCUACCGGCGCCGUACCCCUCCGUGUCGUACCCGCCGUACUCUGGAUACAUGGACCCGCUGCAGUUUCCGGCCGCUCAGGUGACACCGCCGCCGACCCCGCCGCCUCUGCAGCUGUCGCAGCCGCCGCAGCAGCUGUCGCAGCCGCCGCAGCUGCCGCAGCCGCCGCAGCUGCCGCAGCUCGGCCGGAGGGACAGCUUCGACGGGCUGCAGCUUCUGAUGGACGCCGCGGCGCUACAGGGCGAUGGUACGGCCGAGGAGAAAACCUACCUCAGCUUGUGAUAGCAGCGCGAGCGGCGCGCCAGCAGUCGGUGAUAGUGUGUGGUGUGAGUGCGCAAGGCGGCCCUGAGGGAGCGCGGCGCCGCUAGCGCCCCUAGUGGCAGCCAGAAGAAGCUUUAGUUUGGAGAAGGAACACUGGUUGUUUGAGGAGCAAUGAGUGCCGAAGCGUGGAGUGAACGUCGAGAGGGGUGUUGCUGGAACAUUGCUCAUUGAAUCUGAACGAACAGUUCGAUUCGUUAUUAGUGCUUGAGGGAGUUUGUGAAACAUAUUGAGCUUCAGUCAUGAAUUGUUUGGAGUAUUCUAGCCAAUGGCGAUCGGUGCCCUAAUGGCCAUUUUGAUGUAACCAACAGCACACGUUGAGGAGAGGGGAUAACGAUUGUAUUUGACUAGGGCUGUAUUUGAGAGCCAAAUACCGUGGUACUUUCGCAAAAUAUGUGUGAUUAAGCUCACUUGCCUACGAUAUCUAGACGAUUUUCUACAGAUACAUGUCUGGCUAAAAAGAUCGUCACGAGAAUGAGCUGCCGUAUGUGACUGCUUGCCUCGGAUAUCUAAAGUAACAAGGAUUUAAUAUCAGCAACGCAUUCGUUAUAUACAACUAAGCCUCCAGGAGCCACAAGACUUUGGUGUCAACAGCGUAUAAUCGACAAAGCGUAACAGAACAAUAACACUGGUACGUUUUUGAUAGACAUUUAGUAUGUAGAUUUAGGCGACUUGACUGAGGGGUAACAAUAUGCCAGCGCCGGGCUCAGCUGCAAUGUGCCUUAUUGCACCUCACCCGUGUUCAAUGUUACCAGCGCGGCGUUACCAUGGUUACCCGUGGCCGUGAGACGCGGUAGGCGCGCCGUUGCAGACCGAGUGACAUGUUCCUUGAUAAGCGCGCAUGGCGAUAGCCUGGACCCAUAAACGUAGUUCAAAGCGGAGCGGUCCGCGUGUAGCGGGUGUCCGUUCCCCUGGCGUUGCUCAAUUAGUUAGGAUAGCUACGGGUGUGCAUUAGUUCAGCAUUCCAGACCGUGUGACAGGAAAAUAUACAAGUCCAGAAU